GGCCCACCAAUCCAGAAGGUGGGGGAGAUAGUGAUGUGCACGUGAUGGUACAAGAUGGUACGUGAUGGUGGGGGCACGACAUGGGAUGGGAGUACAACUUAACAAGCAUUUCACUUCUCGGUUUCGUGCUCUCUAGAAUUCCAAUUGAUCUCUAUUCAAUCGUUGAUUUUCAAUCAUGACAGCUACAGAUGAGAUACCAGGUCAGGCAGGACUCCCAUCUGUCAACCCUACUAAAUCUUUCUGGCAUAGCGAGCCGUCGAAGAUCUUAUUGGGUCACAGAACUACAGAGAGCCUUCCCACAAAAGCCGAUGUUGUUAUUAUUGGGAGUGGAAUUGCAGGGACUUCGGCCGCACAUUGGUUAAGAGUGCAUGAUGAUGGAAAAGAUCUCAAUGUGGUGAUGUUAGAGGCGAGAGAAGCUUGUUGGGGAGCAACUGGUAGAAAUGGAGGUCAUUGUCAGCCGCUUGUUUAUGCUUCACCUCCAGAAGUUGGAGCUUUUGAAGUGAGAAAUUAUGAGGAUAUCAAAUCUUUUGUGGCAGAAAAUGAUGUUCAAUGUGAUUGGAAAUCAUUAUCCAGUUGUCACUCUUACAUGUCAGAAGAUCAGUUCCAGGUAGCCGCUAAAGCUGCGGAAGCCCUCAAGGAUCUGGAUCCAGCACUAGGCGAUUUAGUUACCAUUAUCACCAAAGAUUCUACCAAUCCCUCAUUAUCGGACCUUCGAAUUCCUACAGCAGCUGGCGCAAUUGCAACAUCCAAAGCCGCUUCACUCUGGCCGUAUAAAUUGGUUGCAUGGGUUCUAGAAGAUUUGAUCUCCAAGAAUGAUUCCUCAAGCUCCCCAAAAUUCAACCUUCAAACUUCAACACCCGUAACCGGGCUUCAAAAGUCUUCUUCGGAAUGGAUAAUUCACACUUCUCGCGGCCAACUUUCAGCCCCCAAAGUUCUGUUGGCAAUAAAUGCCUACACAUCACAUCUUCUUCCCUCAUUCUCUGAUCUCAUUACUCCCGUCCGUGGUGAGAUGUCUUCACUUCUUCCCCCAUUCUCCAUGUCACCGGCCAUAGAAUCUCCAAAUAAACCUUUAGAGUACUCUUACAGUAUUAUGGGGCAUUUCGGUCAGAAUAUAAACCGAGAUGAUUAUCUCGUCCAACGACCUUUUUUCUCCACAUCCUCAUCACAAAAAGAAUCCGGAGGUGAACUGAUGUUUGGCGGUGGUCGUCAAUUUGCUGCACAAGCUGGCUUGGGAGUCUUCGAUGAUUCAUCUAUUGAUCCUCCUGCUGCGAAUUAUCUCCGUCGAGAGCUACCCCGUACACUCAAUCUUCACAAUAAUGAAGAAGAGCUCGAGGCUACUUAUGAAUGGAGUGGGAUUAUGGGAUUUAGCAGGGAUAAUUGGCCUUGGGUGGGAAAUGUGACUGAGAGAUUAGGAGGUGGAGAGGGCUUAUAUGUUUGUGCUGGUUUUACGGGACAUGGGAUGCCGACGGCGAGAUUGAGUGCUAAGGCAGCUAUAGGCUUAAUGAUGGGGGAUGAGAUAGACAGUAUUGAUUUACCUGAGAGGUAUAUAUUAAGUGAAGAAAGAGUUAGAAAGGCAAGACAGCUGGAUGUGGUUGGCGUUGCAGAUGAGAAAGGUGGAUUCUGCUAGAGUGGUGGUUGUGGUUUUCGGAUGCGAAUUCAUGAUCUGUGGUGUUUAACCUCAAUUUGUUGUCUCCUCAUUUUUAUUCAUACUUUCUCUCUUCUUUUUAAUUUAUAUUUGAUUGUUAUUUCUUUCCUUUGUUACAUAAACAGAUGGACGUUUUAAGAUUGUUUCUAAAGCCAGAUUCUUCGUUUUUUUAUUAUGAACCAUUUUCAUGACUACUGCAGAAUUUUUGUUGUUCGCAGAAGUUAUAGGCACUCUUGGAAAUCAUUAUCAUCGCGUUAAUUAAUCUUCACUACAUCGGAUUAUACGAGAGAUUUACUCUAGUAGUUUUAUAAAGAUUAAUUCUUGCAUUGGCAUCUGAGAAAAAAUAACGCAACCCCCA